GACCAUCCAUAAUAUGAAGGAAGCGCCGCCUUCGUCUUUCGUGGGAGGCAUACGCGAUCGAGGCCGCUUCCUGCUCUGAAGCCCACUUGCUCCACGCCUUCCUGCUGCUGCAAUGGAUCUGUCGCGGAUUUGGCACCUGGCGCUUGUUUUUUGCCUGACGUGCGUUCUGGUCAAAGUCAUCCAGUUGCAUCGCCGGAGGCAGGAGCUACUGAAGGUUCUGAGCUGUUUCCCGGGGCCCCCCACCCACUGGCUGUAUGGGAACAUCUCUGAGCUCUUACCUGUUUCCAAGGUUUUCCGGAAUGUAGAAGGCUGGAGCCUUCUGUAUCCAUUUGCCUUUCCUUUGUGGUUUGGGAGCUUCUCUGCCUGUGUAAAUAUCACACACCCUGAUUAUGCAAAACCAUUACUUGCAAGAGCAGAACCAAAGGACAGCUUGGCCUAUCGGAACAUAACUCCAUGGAUAGGGAAAGGCUUGCUCGUCCUGCAUGGGCCAAAGUGGGCACAGCAUCGAAAGCUUCUUACUCCAGGUUUCCAUUAUUCCAUUUUGAAACCUUACGUGGCGCUGAUAGCAGAGUCUACAAAAACAAUGCUGGAUAAAUGGGAACAGCUGAUCACACAAGGCAAAUCAGUGGAGCUCUUUGAACAUGUGAGCUUGAUGACUCUUGACAGCAUCAUGAAAUGCGCCUUCAGUUAUAACAGCAACUGCCAAAUGGACAGGGAGAAUUCCUACGUCCAAGCUGUCAUGGAUCUGUGUUGCUUGGUGUACACCAGACUGCAUCAAAUCCUGGGUCAGAGUGAUCUGAUUUACUGGUUCACCCCUGAAGGAUAUCGGUUUCGGAAGGCUUGCCAGGUUGCCCAUCGUCAUACAGAUAAGAUAAUCAAAAAGAGAAAGAAAUCUCUGAGGGAUGAAGAAGAACUCCAGAAGAUCCAGAAAAAGCGGCACCUUGAUUUUCUCGACAUCCUUCUCUGUGCCAAAGAUGAAGAUGGUAGUGGGCUAUCUGACGAAGAUCUGCGUGCCGAGGUGGACACUUUCAUGUUUGAAGGCCACGAUACCACAGCCAGUGGGAUCUCCUGGCUGCUGUAUUGCCUUGCAGCAAAUCCGGAACAUCAGCAGAAAUGCAGGGAAGAGGUCAAGGCCAUUCUAGGGGAACGUGACACCAUCCACUGGGAUGACCUUGGCAAGAUGACCUACUGCACCCAAUGCAUUAAAGAGAGUCUCCGCCUUUACCCUCCAGUGCCAGGAGUUUCCCGAGAGCUCAGCAAACCUAUCACAUUCUUUGAUGGACGGACUUUACCUGAAGGAACUUGGGUUGCGAUAAGCAUUCAUCUCAUCCACAAGAAUCCCAGCAUAUGGAAGGACCCUGAGGUGUUUGAUCCUCUGAGGUUUUCUCCUGAGAAUGUAUCCAACAGAAACUCUCAUGCCUUCCUGCCUUUCUCUGCUGGGCCACGGAACUGCAUUGGGCAGCAGUUCGCCAUGAACGAGAUGAAAGUGGCCCUGGCCCUGACUCUGCUUCGGUUCGAGCUUUCGCCUGACCCGACUCGGCCUGAGCCUAUCCCCAUCCCUCAGAUCGUCUUGCGUUCCCACAAAGGGAUACACCUUUGCAUGAAGAAAGUGGCACAAAUCUGAAGCCGUGGCAGGAAUAAAGUGCGGUGGAAGACUUGGAGCGGGACGUCACAUAAUUCAUUUGGUGCUUCAAUAAAAGCCGUUUGUGGCCGAGCACAUCGAAGCUGUAGAUUGCCGGCCUGCAAA